GAUCCAUCCAUGUUCAAUUGCGCAGUCGCGGGCGAUAACACAUCAUCUUCAACAUCCUCAUCAAGUAUUCCAUCCACAACCACCAGUGAAGGUUCACUCUUGGCACCUGAGCCUGCUCAAGAAACUAAAACUUGUACUACCACCAAAGUUCCUAAUUGUAGUUCAAACUCAAAGAUAUCAUCUCCACCUUACUCCUCAUUCAAUGUAACCACGAGUCCUCAAAAUGUGGACUCAUCACCCUCAAAAUCAUGUGGUAUGUACUCUAAAAGACUUCCAGAUAGACUUCAGCGUCUACAAGAUGAAAAAAAGUGUCCGGAACUAUCUAUUGAAGCAUUUUUCGACUUUAUGCGUACUGCUUAUCAAGUUAAUGAUAGUUUCGAAGAGUUGGCAACCACAUUGUCUGCGAAAAGUGAAAUUGAUUGGCCAAAAUUGGCAAAAACAGAUCUAAUUUCCCAAACACCAGUAGAGUUCGACGAAAGUGAUCAAAUUACAGAAUUGAGUAAUGAUUCUCCUGGUCUGAAUAUUAGGGAUGAUAAAAGUACAGUCACUAAUGAAAUAAGAAACACUGAAUCUACGAAGCUAGAUAACGAAAAGGUAAUUGUUACUGAAAGCACUGCUAAAGUACCAACUAGUAAAAACGAGCAUCAAGAAUCAAAUAUGAAUGCACAGACAAAAUAUCGCAGGCUUAGCUUAAGUAAGCAUCAUCAUUUACAAAAAUCACAGGUGGCAUCAGUGUGUGAAGAACAACUAAUGGACGAAAAAUCUCAUACCCAAGAAAAGAAAGAACUACAAAAAGAAGAAGUGAAAAAAAUUGAAACAUAUGAGCAACAAAAUCAAACUCUGUGUACACCUAUGAAAAAGAUUAAAAUACCUACAGUUGAAACAUUUUUAGAACACAAAGAGCAGUUACUUGCAAAAAUUAUGAAAAGAAAAUUAGGCGAUAUUUUGCACGAAGGAGUUCUGGAUUCAGUAUUGCCAUACAUGCUUCCUAAGCCAGCAUUAUCUCAGCCUGUAAUAAAAAAAUCUAUUACUAAUACAGAUGUAAAGAAAACUGCAGGAUCAGCAAUUAACAUCGACAAUCGAUUAACACCAGCCGUUAAAGAAAAGGAUAAAGAGAAACAUAAGUAUCGAAGAAAAUCUUUCGAUAAUGAAGUGGAAAUCCAUGUCUGCGAUGAAGCUAAAAACAUCAAAAAAGACUUCAGAUGUCCACAAAAAUUGUUAGUCCAGAAGAUGUGCUACUUUGCAGACGUAACUGCUGGUCAAAAACUCGAAGAGAUGGAUAUAUCUGUCCAUUGCGAUAUUGUCAUUUUUGAUUGGCUUAUGCGUUGGGUUAAAAAAGACAUCAUCAAAAAAUCCGAAUGGCCUGUUUUUGAAGCGAAUAAUGUUAUUCCGAUUAUGGUGUCUGCAUCAUUUCUUCAGAUGGAACCACUUCUUGAAGAUUGUUUAGCGUAUUGUCACAACAACAUGUCUGAAGUUUUAAAAACAUCAGCUAUAUUAACAUGCUUGAAUGACAAUCUUCUGACAAGACUAGCGGCACGUUUCACCAACGUGGAUGUUGAAUCAUUGAAAGACAAGAAGGAUAAGGUGCAAAGCAGGAUCUUCUGCAAAUUAAUAGUCUCAUUAGCCGAUAGUACCCCUGACAAUAAGCGUGGACACUAUAGUUCUUUAGCAACACUAUUCAAAUGUGGCAAGUGCGGGAAAAAUGUGGUCAGAUCAAUAUCUGACUCUGUACCUUGCAUUCCAAGUGCUAUGAGACUCGAUACUAAAGGAGAUAUUCACAGUAUGCAUACCAGGGAUAUGUCAUGGACGUUAAAUGACUACAUUGUGACACUUCGCUCGGAACUGCGAUCUUGGAGAAAGGUCUACUGGCGUUUAUGGGGUGACUGUCACUUUCUGUUCUGCAGACAAUGCAGAACAUACUUCCCAAUUCAUCAAAUGGACUGGUGUUGUUAUCACCCGGAGAUUCCACAAUUCUUUGCCAAUGAACAGCAAAGAUCCUCCCCGUUUCCACUUGGUAGAUAUCCAUGUUGCAGUCAAAGAGCUUACAGGUUUGAGACACUACCGAAUCAAGAGGGCUGCCGGUUUAAGGAGCAUAUUCCAGCUGCCACAUCUGAUACAGAUGAAAAUAUUCUCAACAUCUUUUCGUCACACCGAGAUGUGAUAGUGUUAGAACCCCCACAGCUGUUUUUCCCAGAAAAAAUAACAAGACUGGUUGCCAGAGAUCCAAAUUUGGAGCCUGGGAAAUUGGCCUGCAAGGAGAUCAUGUGGUGGGAUGGAAUCGAGCUCGUACCACCAAGAUCAAAACUAGGGCUCUUAGGAAAAAUCUGGGGUGGUUCCGGGCUUCGACAAGCCUGCCAAGCACCGGAUGUAAUGAAAUCAUCUCGUAAAAUGCGAAGACAGGCAUCGGGAGUGACAGAUACUUCGUCUCCAGGUUCUUCAAUUGCAGGUAGUGACGAUGAUGAUGGGGGAACAGCCUGUGGCGAUAGCAGUGCUGACGAUGAUACCGAUAACAGUGAAGAAUCUCACGCAUGGCCACCGCUCAGGCAGGUCAGGAAAUUUAAACGGAAGACGAGAUAUUACGCUGCAAAGAGAAGCGAUGGUGGCCGAUCAUGGAGUUCUAAUUUGACAGUAAGAUAUAAUCAAGAUAAUCAACGAGACUUCGAGGAACGAGCAGCAAUACAAAUGGCUGCCUUGCUCACAAAAAGAACAUCUGCAGAAUGUGGAAUUCAUCCUCGAACACAUACUCAUAAUAGGCAACAAACUCACAUCUGGAGUCAGACACAACCAAUAGGUGGAACAUAUGUCAAAUUAGAAGCUGAAUUUCGAGAGCAGUUAGCUCAGACAUACAAGUGCAAAAAUUCAUCACAAGCAAAAGGAUCUGCACGCGUGAAGUCCUCGAAAGUGCUACAGUAAAAUUGUAUGAGAUGUCACAUUUUGUCACAUGAUAAUUGUGAGUGUAGGUAUUUUGUUCCUAACAUUAUGUCAAGUGUCCAGUGUAAUCGAACUAUUCAUUACUGAGAAUAUCUGUUGAAUUGCUCGUGGCAUGUCCAUACACUGCAAGAAAUGUAAAGACUUCUGUGAUCAUUUUCUUUUUGACAAAGUUUUAAGGAGAUAAAAAGAAACAGGAUAAUUUGGUCGAAAUAAUUUUGGAAAAAAACGGUUGCGUAAGUAGUCCAUGAAGUU